UUGUAAUUCUUUGGAUUUGAUGGAACUUCGAUCCAAGAAACAACAGCAAGCAAAAUCAAGUUCUAAAUCAAAUUUGAAUCAGGACAAUUUCGAUAAUGAUGAUAAACGUGAAGAAAAAGCAAACAAAUUGUUCAAAAAUUUAUUUGGCUAA